AUGUUCAAGAUUGCUAUCAUUGGAGGCGGUCUUGGUGGACUCUUUGCUGCAUUGUCGAUACACCAACACUCGCCUUCAGAGGACAUCCAGAUUGACAUAUACGAGCAGGCGCCCGAGUACAAGGAAAUCGGUGCUGGUCUUGGUAUAGGUCCCAACGCUGCCGCCCUGGCCGUGAAGCUAGGUCUGCAUGAGCGGCUGGCCAAGAUCACAGGCACGAGGGCAGGAAUCUGGCUCUCGUUUCGGCGCUUCGAUGAUGGGUCAGAUGUCCAUACCGUCAGAAUCCCUGGUGACGCCAGCACACCUAGCUUCUCAUUACAUCGCGCAGAGUUCCUCCAAGCCUUGAUCGACGCGGUUCAAGAACGGGGCGCGGCUACUCUCCACACGGACAAGCAAUGUGCAUCCUUGGAGGACAAGGGAAAAACCACGCUGGUCACUUUCGCCGACGGCACCACGGUGUCUGCAAACCUAGUCAUCGGCGCGGACGGUAUCCAUUCAGUCACUCGCAAGCAUUACGUUAGUGACACGCCGCAGUAUGGAAAAAUGGUGGUUUACCGUGGCCUGUGCAAAACCGAGGACAUCGCUGACGACUGGCCCCUCGACACAUAUGCCACAGUCUUUAUGGCUCCGGGCAAGCACUUCCUCACCUUCCCCAUCAGCAGCAACAAGAUUGUAAACGUCGUCGCCUUUGUCACCACGCCGUGGGAGGAUCUGGGUGACGUGAAGGAGAGCUGGACUCUGACAAGCGACAAGAGCGCCGUCGAGGACCACUUCAAAGAGUUUGCCCCUGCAGUCAAGACUGUCAUCAGCAAGAUGAACACAAACCCUCUAAAGUGGAUUCUCUUUGACAGAGAGCCUUCACCGGAGUGGGUCUUUUCAGGAGGCAAGGUGGUUCUGCUCGGAGAUGCUGCCCACGCCAUGUGUCCUCACCAAGGAGCUGGAGCAGGACAGGCGCUUGAGGAUGGAUACAUUCUCGGGCGAGCUCUUCAGGACUACUUCAAGGCCCAGAAAUCGACUCAGCCACGUCCCAUGGCGGACUAUCUGCACCUGUACCAAUCCAUCCGAGCCCCACGUGCAGAAAGAGUACAAGAGACGUCUCGGCAGGCCGGGGACUUGUAUGAGCUAAGGGCCGAGGAGGUAGAGGGUCUCAACUACGAGGAUAGCCUCCCGGUUGUUCGGGGCCUACUGAAGGAUCGCAUGAAAUGGAUAUGGACAGAAGAUAUCGAUCAGGUGUAUGACACGGCGCUUGCCCAGCUGUAG